AUGAAGCUCCCAUCUGUGACUGCCCUGGGUCUUGCCCAACUCGCAAGCUCCUCACUCAUAACCACCUGGGGCACCAUCUCCCUCCCCACGGCCAACACCUCCAUCCUCGGCAACAUCUACAACCACUGGCUCGCCCUGCCCAAUGCCACCUUUGACCUCACCCGCUCGCUCGUCUCGCCCGUCACUAACCCCCUGCGCAUCCCCAUGACCGGCGCUCGCAAAACCGCCAUCAUCGAGCCCUCCCGCUCCGCCCUCGUCAUCAUCGACAUGCAGGAAUUCUUCCUCAACCCGGAGCUCAGUCCGCGCGCCGAGGGCGGGAGGACCGCCGUGCAGCCCACGCUGAACAUGAUCAAGGCAUUCCGCGCAAAGGGCAUGAAGGUGCUGUGGGUGAAUUGGGGCUUGGAUGGGCGCGAUUUGAGGGAGAUGCCGCCGGCGCUGUUGGCGGGGUUUUCAGAUGACGGGGGACCUUUGACGACGUUUGGAAGCGACAUGGGUACGCUCAAGAACGGGACUGUCGUUGGUAAGAAACUGAUGCGCGGCGAGUGGAAUGCUCGCCCGUAUGGCCCGUUGUACGAUGAGCAGGUCAAGGGCGUAGCUGCUGGGACGGAUUUGUAUUUCCACAAGAAUCGACUAAGUGGACUCUGGGGCGCACAAACACCCCUCGGCAUCUGGCUCGAAGAAAACCAAAUGACGACGCUUUUCUUCGGCGGCGUAAAUUCAGACCAGUGUGUUUGGGGAACGUUCCUAGACGCUUAUUACAAGGGCUACGACGUCGUCUACGUCGACGACAUAGCUGCGACCAUCAGCCCGCAGAGCGCGACCGAAAUGGUGCGCUACAACGCUGACAUUGACGGCUUCAUUACCAACUCGACGCUAGUUGUGCCGGCCCUUGCUUGAGGUUUGUCUUGCAAACAGCGAUUUGUGAUAAUGGCGGACGGACUGUGAAUGUUUAAUGAUGGACAUGGAUAUGAAUCUGGCAACGACGAACGCGUGGAACGUCACAUUUUACGCAUUAUAUGCUCGCUCGAUUUUUACUCAAACUAGCUAAUACGCGAAUAAACUCAGUUUUAUCAA